GCAAUGCUCAAGGCGCUGUUUCUCGUAUCCACCGCCAUGACGGCGCAGGCGUUCCUGCUCUCGCCGUCGUCCUCCGUCUCCUCUGCCUCUCAUCGCCUUCCAGACGUGUCUGCGCGUGAUGGGACGAGCAGCUGGAGAGCCUCUCCCUUGUCGUUGAAGGCUCAACAAGAUCCCGAAUGUCGUCGUAAAUUCAUGCGCAACUUUGCGGCUGCUGGAAUGCCUCUCCUCCUCCUCGAUUACUCUCGAGAGGCGCAUGCAUACAACUUUGAUGUCAAGGAAGGAGACAAGGCACGCCAGGAUUACUUGGAGGACGUGGCUUCGAUGAAGAAGGCUCGAUGGAACCGACAGCCAACGCGCCUGGACAUCGAGAGAACUCUUCCUAAGAUGGCGCCAGUGAAGGGCAUCAUGGAUCAAGUGAGAAGUGCACUGGAAAAGGGGGAUGUGGCGAAUGUUGCAACCAUCAUCGGAGAUCAGAGCAUUGAGUUCACGAAGAGGAACUCGAAUCUCGGUGUCGACAUCCCUGAGUUGCAGGUUGCGAAGCCCUACAUGUAUCGAUAUGCUCAGGCCUUCAGUGGUGCGAAGGAAUCAGCUCUUACCAAGGAUAUCAAGGACUUUCUCGAUGCCUAUUUCAACGCCAUGACCAAAACGAGAGAAUCAGCUCUCAGCGGAGAUAAGGAGGGAACUAAGGCAAGCUUUCAGAGCGCAGAAGAUGCUUUGAAAGGACUUGUGGAAGCUGUUGACAAGGAGACACUGAAUGGGCGUCUGAACAGCAUCAAGGUUUCCCUUGGGUUUCUGAUCGGUAGGGAGCAGCUUGGCAGCGUUAAGGUUGUCGAAGAGAACAUGAAGGAGAUGCGCCGAAGAGAGAAGGAGGGAGUGUAUCCAUCGGGCGAUCCCACCAAGAAGUUUCUCUAAGUGCUUUGAAUCCGAAUGCAACGGUCAUGAUUCAAGGUCCUUGGUGUUAGAGUUGUCUGCACCUCUAUCCGACUGUCUGUGCUGUUUGAUCUUGACCAGUAGAGCACAGACAAUAGAAACGAAGCACUGCUUCUUCAAUGGGACAAGAAAAGAAUGAAUGACUGGGCUGAGGAAGGUCCUAUAUAUCUUU